AUGAUGGAUCAUGGCAUGAGCAUGUCCAUGGUCUUUACCACGGACCAUUCCACGCCGUUAUAUUCAGCACAGUGGACACCUUCCACGACGGGAGCAUAUGCCGGUACCUGCAUAUUUAUUCUCGCUCUCGGUGUCAUCAGCCGCUUCCUGUUGGCGUACAGACAUCUUCUGGAAGCAAAGUGGCACGACAAGGCCGUGGGACGGAGAUAUAUCAUGGUUGCCGGCGACAAUGCAAUGGAGCGUGAAGCUCAGUUGAAUCCUUCCUCCGAGAAGAGUGAGGAGGCAACACUCACCACUCGUGGCAUGAACGAAAAUGUGCGUGUAGUCCGCACUCCCCGUACCAAGAUGCAAGGCACGCCGUGGCGUCUGAGUACCGAUCUUCCUCGAGCAUGCAUCUUCACUGUUCAGGCUGGCGUUGGAUACUUGCUGAUGCUUGCGGUUAUGACGCUGAAUGUUGGAUACUUUCUUUCAGCACUCGCCGGGUUGUUCGUUGGAGAGCUCUGCGUCGGACGAUAUACACUCAUGGAUGAUGGGCAUCACUAG